AUGGAUAGCAAAAGAAAACGAUCCGGCCGUCGCCGGAAGAUUUUCGACGGCGAGCGGAAGAACACGGCGGCCCCCAGUGAUAGGAUCAGCGCCCUGCCGGAUGACGUCAUCCUCCACAUCCUCUCGUUCCUUUCACUUCGGAGAUCCGUCCAAACAAGCAUCUUGGCGAAAAGGUGGAGGUUUCUGUGGGCUCACGCCUCCACUUUAGAUUUCAGCUUUGAGAUCACCGACUUAGAACGGCUAGGGUAUGCAAAAGACUCACCAGAAAUCGUCAACAAGGUUAUGUCACAGCUCAAAGGGAAGAACAUAGAUUAUUUUUGUUUACGGUAUUUCGAACCUUUCUUUUACAAAUCGGAUGAAAUGCUGGAGACUUGGAUUGCCACUCUCGUUAACCGAAAUGUCUGUCGGCUUCAUUUUGAUGUAAUCAACGAAAUGCCUAUGUGCCUCUUUACUUGCAAAACCCUUGUUGAUUUGAGUCUUCACGAGUCUUGUUGUCCCGUGCUGUUGGCUGGCAGUGUGUGUUUGCCUGUCCUGAAGAAGCUUCAAAUGUGGUAUGUUUCUAUGUCAGAAUCUGAUGAAUCUUUCAAGAAUCUGAUUGCUGGCUGUCCGAUGCUUGAGGAGUUGAUCAUUUGGAGGUCAUUUUCUUAUUUUUUGUCGGGGUGUUUUGUAUCUCCGCCCUCAUUAACUAGGCUUGAACUCAGGACGGAAACCCGUGAGUCAGUGAUGGAGACGGUCUUGAGAGCAAAGUUAGAUACUCCUGCAGUUAGAUAUAUCGACUUGACUGAUAUUAGAUCUGAGAACUUCUCAUCUGUGGUGCUUGACUCCUUAAUCGAAGCAGAUAUAGGCAUGAAUGUAUAUGAUCCUGAUGUUAGCAUUGUUUCUCAUUCUAUGAUACCAUUUCUCCGUAAACUACAAAAUGUGAAGUGUCUUACAUUGAGUACUCCCUGGAUGGAGGUUCCCAACUCAGCAUUUCAUGCAAUGGCUAUAAAGUUCCCUAAUUUAACCAAACUCAGAUUGUUUUCUGAUUUUCGUUUUAUCUCAUUUUUCCUUGAAAAUGCUGAAAAUCUGCAAAUGAUCACAAUCAUUCCUGAAUUUGGUGAUUACGGAUGUUGGAUUGAGCCCAAACAUGUACCAGUGUGCUUGUUAUCACAUCUUAGAACAGUAUGGAUUCAUCAAUUUGAGUGUUCGGAGAGAGAGUUUAAUAUGGGCAUCUACAAUGGGGAAGAGUCGACCCUGUCAGCGUGGGCACUGAUCAUAUUCGAGCAUGCGCGUAGUCGAUGUGAGCGUAUGUUGAUCUAUGGGCUUGGACCCCGGGAUGGGCCAGACAGCACGCAAGCACGCAUCUCGUCGCCGGCUCACCAUCACCGCCGUCCAUGGCCGCUGCUAGACUCGCCGCCUGUCACCAUCGAACUGCCAGUGUCACCCCCGGUCCAUCUCCGUCACGCCUUCCUCCCGCGGCCCAUCACUCUAAGCAGCUCCGACCGGCCACCUUAUACGCCGCCGUCUGGUCCAACGCCGGAGCUUUCAUCGCCACCGUUCUCCCUUAAUCGGCCACUGAAUGUAAAGUCUCUGUCACCUUCCUCCGUCGCAGAGCCCAGCCGUCGGCAAGUGUUGAAGACACCUCCGACCGACCACCUUCACCAUGGUGGUCGUCAUUCCUCACCGUCGAGGUCGCCUUUCCUCCGUCGUCCACCAUCGGAGAAGACGACCUGA